UGUUUGGGUAAAAAUGUGUGAAUUUUAAAGAGAGCUCAUGACAACUAUAAUGAGAUACAUCUCACCACAGUCCUCUUGAAUACCUAAUUCAGCAAAGUCUGUCGAAAGUCAAUACCAUGGGCAUUAUUGGGUAUUUAGUCUCUCCUGUUACAUUUUCUUUAAUUCUUCUUCUUCUUGUUGGCUCUCUAAUGUUCUAAUUCUGCAUCUCUGAUACACAUACCCGUCAACCAUGGGAAUUCAGAUGUCAAAUCCAAAAUUUCAGGCAAUCAGAUAGAACUAAUUACAGUUCACAAUAUGAAGUUCUCUUUUCCUUGCUUAAAUUGUUUCUCUUCUUCAACAGAUGUCAUGGUUGUCAAUACAAGUGGCCAAGAUGACCAGAAUUUCCGUGUCUUCACUUACAAUGAAUUGAGAGUUGCCACUCAUAGUUUUCGCGAAUCAAACAAAAUUGGAGAGGGAGGAUUUGGUGUUGUCUACACGGGUAGGCUUAAAGAUGGCAGAGUUGUGGCUGUAAAGGUACUGUCAGUUGAACUUGAAUCAAUGAGAGGUGAGAGGGAAUUUAUAUCUGAAAUAGCUGCACUGUCCAAUGUCAAACACGAAAAUCUUGUUACCCUCCAAGGAUGUUGUAUUGAUGGAGCUAACAGAUUUUUGGUCUAUGAUUACAUGGAAAACAAUAGUCUCGCCCACGCCUUUCUUGGUGCAGAGAAGAACAGGAUUAAAUUUACUUGGACACUUAGGAGGGAUAUUUCAUUAGGGGUUGCUCGUGGCAUUGCCUAUCUACACGAAGAGGUCGAUCCCCAUAUCGUGCAUCGGGACAUUAAAGCCACCAAUAUACUCCUUGAUCAGAAUUUUAUACCAAAAGUUUCGGAUUUUGGUCUGGCGAAGCUAUUUAGGGAUAAUGCUUCUCACAUUAGUACUCGUGUGGCCGGGACAUUAGGCUAUCUUUCUCCAGAAUACGCCAUUACUGGACAUUUGUCAAGGAAAUCGGAUGUUUACAGCUUUGGAGUUCUGCUACUGGAAAUUGUCAGCGGCAGGCCAGUUGUGGACUUCAAUUUGGAAAGUGGAGAGCAGUACCUCGUCGAUAAGGCAUGGGAAAUGUACAAUGCUGACAUCCUAUUGCAGCUAGUGGAUCCAGUACUAAACAGAGAUUAUGUCAAGGAAGAAGCUUUCCGAUUCUUGAAGGUCGGCCUGCUCUGCGUGCAAGAAACCACCAGUCUCCGGCCCAAGAUGUCUGAAGCCGUCAAGAUGUUGACUAACGAGAUCAAUAUCGAAGCUGUUAAGGUAUCACACCCCGGACUUGUAGCUGAUCUCAUGGAUGUCAAAAUUGGCCAGAAGCACUCUUCAAACCUUUUCUCCAAGGCUUCCACCAGUAGUGGUUGAAGAAGUGCCCAUGUACAGCCCCUUUUCGAGUAGCCAGGAUCAGUGGUCCAAAGAACAUCCAUUCAUGCCAAAUUUACAACAGUGCAGUCUUGGAAAUGAGUGUCAUGGUCUGGAAAAAACCAGCUCCAUCGUAAAAAUUCAUAAUUUUUUGAUAGGUUGUGUGAAGAGUUCUGUAUAUUUGAUCAAAUAAACAUUCAAUUCAAUAGAUCAAUUAUUGCUAAA